ACGGAGGGAAUCUCCCCAAAAUGUCGUCGGGCGGCACCCUCAGUAACUACUACGUGGACUCGCUCAUAGGCCCCGACACCGAGGAAGGCUUCGGAGGAAGAGCAGGCGGAGGCCUCGGGCGGUUCCUACCAGGGGGUCACCCCCUCGCCGCCCCCCGGUUGCCUUCAGGUGUGGCCACCGAGGGAUCGGAGUUCUCCCCGUGCAGCUUCACACCCAAGCCGUCCGUCUUCUCCUCCUGGCCGGCCCGUCCUCCUCCCGCUCAGCCCUCCACGCCGCUGCCGGGCAUCUAUCCUCCGUACGUGCCCCCGCCACACCUUGGAGGGUCGGGCGAGGGGGGCAGGUACGUCCCUUCCUGGCUCGAUCCCUACGCUUCCUUUCGCGGCAGCCACGCCGCCCUCUCGGCCGCGUCCACCGUCUCCGACCGAGACCCCGUCGCAGCCUCAGGGUGCCUCUACGGGAUCGGCAAGCCGGAGCCCGCGGCCUCUGCAUCGCUUGACCCCCGGGCCUUCGCUUCUGCCUCCGUGCCGCCCUGCGCGUCCGGGUCUUCAGCCCCACGGACUGAGAGCUUCUCUCCCACGGGCCGUUCCGACUACACGUGCAACUCCUUUCUGGCAGCGGCCGGGGAAAAGGCGGCGGCGGCGGCGGCGACUGCCGGCCUGGGUGCACCCGCCCUCGCUUCCCCGGCCAGCAACGCCAGCCUCAGCCCAGCCAAGCCAGCCUCUGGAGGCAGCCGGAACCCCAGCCCGCUCAGCAACUUGAAGGAGGAAAAAGAGGAGCAGCAGCAGCUUGGCUCAAAUAACCUGGCUGCAAACUGGAUUCAGGCUCGUUCCACCAGGAAAAAACGUUGCCCUUACACAAAAUUCCAGACUCUGGAACUGGAAAAGGAAUUCCUCUUUAAUAUGUACCUCACCCGAGAACGACGCUAUGAAGUGGCUAGGAUUUUAAACCUCUCAGAGAGACAGGUUAAAAUCUGGUUUCAGAACCGAAGAAUGAAAAUGAAAAAAAUGAAUAAAGGAAAAGGGGAAUAAAGGAGACUAACACUUU